AAUUCUCUCUGCAACUUCCUUGGAUACUAUCAAAUUUCUCUCUAGUGCUAACUUCUAGCUCCGAUCUUUUCAGUUAGCUAGCUAGUCGAUCGCCAUUUAAUCCAUGGGGGCUAAAGUUCUUAUGCUGAUCACCGUGGCCAUGGCCAUGCUCGGGAUGGUGCUCGGCGCAAGUCACACAGUGGGCGCGCCGGCCGGAUCAUGGGACCUGCAAACCAACUACACCCUGUGGGCUUCGAGAACUAGGUUCACCACCGGCGAUGAGCUCCAGUUUCAGUACUCCACCACCGUGCACAAUGUGGUGGAGGUGAGAAAGGCUGGGUACGACUCCUGCAACAGCUCCAGCCCCAUCGCGACAUUCUUGACCGGCAAAGAUGUCGUCCCACUUGCAGCCAUUGGGACGCGGUACUUCAUCUGCGGCGUUCCAGGGCAUUGCGUUGCUGGUAUGAAGGUUCAAGUCAAUGUGAAGUCGAAGGCAGUGCGGACAGUACAACGGUGCCGAGGGACGGGGAAGCGGCUUCGGUGCCGGUCCGAGACUGUAUUAAGCUCGGCCACAACAGGUGGCAUUGAUCAGUUUGCGGUGGCGCGGCUAGGUCUGGCCGUUGUCGCGGCUGGUCUCGUGUUGUUCUUUUAGUGACCGACGAUUGUGGUGCUUUUUUCCUCUUUGAUGCGCCGUGCAUGCUUAUUUGUGUAUUAUAAAUCAGUUCUUUUGUUAAAUGU